CUAGAUGCAGACUACCGUGGGGAAGUAAAAGCCUUGUUGUACAACUUGGGACAAGACGAUUACAAAGUGCAAGCUGGAAGUAAAAUCGGACAACUGAUUCUAGAACAGAUCCAUAUGGGUGACCUAUCGGAAUGCAUGGAACUAGAUAACACUGAGCGCGGCAAUCAAGGGUUCGGGAGUACUGGA